AUGGAAAUCACUGUUGAUAUCCCACAAAAUAACAACACAACAACAAAAGUCAAAGUCGAUACGCUCAAACAAUUAAAACCGACCAUCAAAGAAGCUAUUUUAAAUAUCAUUAACCAACCUGAUGGUGUUCGGUUGUGUGCUGCCGAUAUACAAAAGCGCCUUAAUAUGUUCAAAAAGAUCUGCGAACUUUAUAAGAAGUCGACUACUAAUAAUUUGCCAUCUCUUUUGUUUGAACAACAACUUGAACUCUAUGAAACUACUCUUUAUAAUAACUUUACUAAAUUUGAAGGAAAUGGAUUGGAUGGUGUCCCUAUAUUUAUCAACAAAGAGGCAAUGGCUAGGUGCUAUGCUGAUCUUAUCUAUCAAUUUGUGACACUUACCAUUCACAUUAAUUCUUACAUACAAAGUUCUUGA